AUGAAUUAAAACGAUUCAAUUAAUUAAGUCACUUACGCAAAGCAAUUUAAAACUGGAAUUGGGACUCUUGGCUAUGAAAGAUCCUUUUCGGUGAGUCAAGAGGAAAUACAAUCUAAGGAAAAUAAUUAUCAGAAGGUUUAGGAGAAAGAAAUCAUCUGUUUUGAAGAUAGUCGAAUAACUAAAUUGAUAAUGGAGGGACACAAAUUGAUAGAAAAUUUUCGGUUACAAUUGAUCCUCGUAAUAACUGCAUUGUGGUUUUUAGAAAUCGACGAUGAAAUAUUCAUUGAAAAACAAGGAUCGGACUUAAUCUUAUGGCUCACCUUUAGUCUAAAUUUGAUCCUCAUCCUAUUCACCUUUUUAAGCUACCUGACUCUCAUGAAUUAUUGGAAAUCUACCUUACUAAUCCCAAAAGAUCAAUCAUUCUUCCACUCUGAUCAAAUGAAGCCAUUUCUGAUAGAAACGGGAUUCCUCUUAAUAUUCCCCACUGUGUUUACCAGAGACAUUCAUUUAACCUUUACUUUAAAAAACAACGAAUAUUAUUACACAGUAAAUGAAAUUAUUAUAAUGAUAAGUACUUUGAGAUCAUUCCAAAUACUCUUCAUCUAUUUGAGAUUAUGCAAAUUUUAUAACAGUCAAACACAGAGACUCUCAUUAAAUUAUGGAAUCAUGAUGAAUCCUAAAUUUCUAUUCAAAUACUUGAUUCAUUCUUAGCCCACUUAUUUAAUAAUAUCCAUGUUCACCAUAACAUUCUGGUACUGCACCAUAGCGAUGUGGAUUGCUGAAAAAGCACUUCAAAGAGAAAAUCUACAGACCGUCUAAUUAUUCAAACAUUGUUUCUUAGAAGUGAUUCUAUCUCUGCUGGCAUACGCUUAUGAAGACUAUGUCCCAAUAACUAACUUGGGGAGAAUCAUAUUAUCAUAUGCUGCAUAUGCUGGGUUCGUUAUGGCCUCAAUCAUUAUAAGUGCGAUAAUUCAAGCAUUUGAGUAGGAGUAUGGAGAAUAUUAAGCAUGUGUGUUGUUGGAUAAAUUGAUAAUGAAGGAGAACAUGUAUCAAGUCACAAGCAACAUUGGAGAGUAGUUUUACUAUAUCAUGAAGUUUGAUAAAAACCCAUUCACAUACAAUAGAGUUAAAAUUAUACAAGCAGAAUUGAAAGAAUUUUAGAUGUUGAAGAGAUAAUAUAAAAGCAUAAUCUCAGAGAAUGUUACUAACCUAUUUAAAAGAAGGUCGAGAGAAUCUAAUGACAUUUUAGAUGAGUAUCAAGACAUCAUGAAAAUGUGUAAAUACCAAAAUAAGUAAAUAUAAGAAAUGCUUGAAGAACUUAUUUCCUUAUAAAAUUAUCAUUAUCACAAUUGGUAUGAUUGA